UUAGAAAACUUCUAAUUUUUAUACUCGGUUAUAUAAUAAAAUGACAUGCUAUUUUUCGUGUAGAGUCUUAAAAUUGUAAAAUCAUAAAUCAAAAUCUGAGAUUUUAACCAUGUAACUUCAAAACCCUUAGGGUUCGAUAAUUCACAGAUCACCUUCCACCUUAAUGCCACCAUAUCCACCUUCGAAGCUCACCGCAUAACCUCCGUCGACUAACGCACAAACGUCAAAUUUUUCAAAGCUCGCCUCCAACUUCUACAGCCUGAUUUUUUAUGUUUGCUGUUUGUUUGUUCAAGCAUGAAGGAUAAAUUAAAUGUCUUCCUUCUUUCAUGAUCCAACAACUGCUUGUAGAACACAAUCCACAUGUCAUGAAGGAGAUAUAGCUUGGAAUCAUGCAAGUGAAGUUCUCUCCAUGGAUGAAAAACUGGAAAAUGACAUUGAAAAGAUGGAAACACAAACACCUUCAGAAAAUAAUCAAGAACCAUGUGAAGGUAUGCUAUUUGAAUCAGAAGAAGCAGCAAGAACAUUUUAUGAUGAGUAUGCAACCCGGGUUGGUUUCAUUACCCGUGUUUUAUCCUCUCGUAAGUCAGAGAGGGACGGAAGCGUAAUUUCACGUGGCCUUGGAUGUAGAGGUGAUUCAGAACAUCAUAGCAACAAGAAGAGCACCAUGAAUAUGAUCCAGAAAAAGAAUAAAAAAGGUCGAGAAAUUUGCACAGCAAUGAUUUUAGUGAAGAGAGAGAAACCCGGGAAUUGGGUUGUUAGAAAAUUUGUGAAGGAACACAAUCAUCCACUUUGUGUUUCAGUUUCUAAAAAACGUGCAACAUUUGAUGAAAAAGACAAGAGAAUUCAAGAACUAAGUGGUGAAUUGCGUGUAAAGAAGCGAUUAAGUGCAUUAUACAGAGAACAACUUCUUGCUUUAAUGAAAGAUGUUGAUGAUCAUAAUGAGCAUCUAUCUUCAAAACUUCAAGUUGUAAGAAAUAAUUUAAAAAAACUUGAAGCAAGGAUUGUAUAAUUGUAAGUAUUUAUUAUAUCUAAAUUUCCCAUGGUGCCCUUUUGAGGAUAGUGUUUAUAGAGCUCCA